AUGAAAACCACACUCGUCAGGGGCAUUGCCGGCGUGGCUGCUCUGGUGGCUGGCCUACCCGCCGUACAAGCAUCUUGGCAAGAGUACGAGGCGCAAAACCGCACACCAGCUUCGUGCCCCGACUACACGGACUAUUCGCAGAAGCCGCACGAGCCGUAUUCCAAGGGGCCGUUGAAGUUGCCGUUUAUGAGGCCGUCGGAGGAGUGUCGCACGUUUAAGAGCCCGGCCGUGGAGAAAGUCAUAAGUGAUAUGAAAUCGCGUAUCAAGAAUCCCGAUUUGGCCAGACUGUUUGAAAACACGUUUCCUUCGACUUUGGACACGACGGUCAAGUAUUUUGAUCCCAAGGUUAAUUUGGCAUUCAUCGUUACUGGUGACAUCACGGCGCAAUGGCUCCGAGAUACGGGCAACCAAUUUGCACACCUGUACAAGCUGCUGCCGCAGGAUAAGAACCUCAAGGCGCUUGUCAAGGCAGUGAUUAACACUGAAUCACGAUACAUUUACCAGUAUCCCUAUUGUGGAUCUUUCCAGCCUCCGCCCGAAUCGGGACUUAAGCCAACAGUCAACGACUAUGCUACCAAAGUUACGGUCAAUCCCCCUGUUGAUAACCAGACCGUGUUCGAAUGCAAGUAUGAACUGGACUCGCUAGCCGGCUUCCUCAAAAUCUCCCGAUCGUACUACCAAAACACAAAAGACGCAUCCUUCAUCAACGACAACUGGGAAAAGGCAAUGAACAAGAUCCUCCAGACCAUCGAUGAGCAAUCCCAGGGCUCGUGGUCAAAGGACUGGGAAUUCGUCAGCUACUUCAACUGGACAGGAACAGCCGGCUCACUCUCUCCGCCCGUGCCCAACGGUGGAAACGGCGAGCCCAAGCUUGCGAAUGGCCUCGUUGGAUCCAGCCACCGACCCUCAGAUGACUUGUGUGUCUUUAACUACAUCACCUCCGACAACGCCAUGUUGGCAGUCGAACUAGGCCACAUCGCAGACGUGCUCGACUCCGCCCACAAACUUAAGCAAAUCUCCAAGAGCGCCCGCAGAUACGCAGCCUCCGUGAGAAAAGCAGUCCUCCAGCACACCAAGACGCCCAACGGCAUAUUCGCCUACGAAACAAACGGCUACGGCGGACAGUACAUCAUGGACGACGCAAACGUGCCUAGUCUCGUGUCCCUGCCGUACCUGGGCUUCCUGUCCCGAAACGACCGCACGUACAAGAAGACCAAGGAGGCCAUGUUUUCGCGUGCGAACCCGUACUUUGCUGUUGGCAAGAAGUUCCAAGGAAUCGGUGGCCCUCAUGUCAACGCUACGUAUCCUUGGCCCAUGUCCCAGGUGUCGGGUAUCUUUGGCGCAGACGAUGACCAGGAGAUCAAGGAUCGGCUUGCGCUUAUUCUGGAGAAUACGUCUGGGCUGGGUCUGAUACAUGAGAGUGUGCACAUUUACAAUGCGAGUGACUUUACGCGUCCGUGGUUCGCGUGGGCAAAUAGUUAUUUUGCGGAGAUGGUGUUGGAUCUGGCGGAGAGGAAGCCGGGACUUAUCUUUAAGGAUAAUAAGCCUUAUGUUAUUGGAAAGUGA